AUGAACCGUCUACCCCCUGUAUCCAGCUUAAUGUCGCCGCCAGAGACAAAGCCUCUGGACAGUUUCACUCGGGCGCUGUCACCGUGCACGUCGAAGCAGUCUUCCUUCGAUGAGAAUAACACACUUCCCCCCAUCUCUAGCCAUCGAAAACGCACCCAGUCCGAGAUGGACCUACCAUCGCCACCCGUCACUCCGUACACAGGGAAUAAGAAACAAAGGUCGAACGUCGACGAUCAGAUCGAGAGUGAUGCAUCUGCCGUUUCAUCCAAGGAUCCAGUUCUGUUCCCCAACAAUGAAUCCGAUAUCCUGCAUGGUGAGCCACUGUUUGGCCCACAAUUGGCCACUGUCGCUGAGCACCUCGUCGACAAACACAUGGAGAGCCAGAUGCUGAGAUUCCAAGACAAGAAGAAUAAACCAACCCGCAGAGAAUACAUGUUUGCCUUGUCCUGUGUUCCCAUUGUCGGAAGGCAGUACAAUCGGAAUCCUGGUGCCUGGGCGAUGAAGGAGAGGGAAUUCUUGGACCGUCAACUUUCAGUGACCAAACGGGUGGGCUACGAGACAGCCGCGAACUUGAAAAAGAUCGCUCCAGCACCUCCAGUAAAGCGGAGUCCAAUCGGUGGCGUACGAGCCCCACGGCCCCGGCCAAGGCGCACCUCCAAACCCACUCCCAGGCAGCGAGUAUACGAUUCUUUCGAUGUCGCCACUUCAACAACACCCAAGCCUACUCGUGUUAUUGGGACCAAUCGCGAUGAUACUGAUUACAGAUCUCUGCCUGACUACUGUCCUCCCAUAGAGACCCUUUACGGGAACACUAAGGGCUUGAAAGCGGACUGGAAAGGCCAGAUGCUGGAUCUUAGCAACGACCCAGACCGGCACCAAAUCGACCCUGCAGAAGUGAGCCUUGCCGCUACUCUUCGCCUUUCCUGUGCUACCUAUCUCUGUAGCAAACGUCGCAUCUUCGAAGCACGCCUCAACGCUCUCCGCAUCGACAAAGAAUUCCGCAAAACGGAUGCUCAGCAGGCUUGCAAAAUUGAUGUCAACAAGGCAAGCAAGUUGUGGACCGCCUACGAAAAGGUUGGAUGGUUCAAACCAGAGUACUUUCGACAGUAUCUGUGA